UUUCCAUAAUGCCUGUCUUCUUCUUCUCCCUUCGUUUUCUUUUCUUCUCCGCCAUCAUCCCCUUCCUCGCCUCCAUCGUUCUCUACCAGCUCGACACGUUCGACCCAGCUCCAUUUCCUCCCAAUGCAUUAGUCUACUCUACAGCCUCUAUCCCACCUCUGAUCAACGACCAGCUUCUAACCGGAGCUGAGUUCAUAGGUGUAGGGCUUCUCAACAGCCCCGAGGAUAUCGCUUACCACAGAGACUCGGGCCUUAUCUAUACUGGCUGCGUUGAUGGAUGGGUGAAACGAGUUAAGGUUACCGAGUCAGUUAAUGACUCUGUUGUAGAGGACUGGGUCAAUACCGGUGGUAGACCACUCGGUCUAGCUUUUGGACUACAUGGAGAAGUCAUUGUCGCGGACGCAUACAAGGGGCUGUUGAACAUAAGCGAUGACGGGAAAAAGACGGAGUUGUUGACGGAUGAAGCGGAAGGUCUGAAGUUCAAGCUCACUGAUGCAGUCGUCGUUAGAGAUAACGGCGUUUUAUAUUUCACAGAUGCUUCUUUCAAAUUCAACCUCCAUCACUUUGCGUUUGAUCUUUGGGAAGGCAAACCAUAUGGCCGUCUCAUGAGCUUUGACCCCAGGACAAGAACCACACGUGUCUUACUCAGAGACCGUUACUUCGCUAAUGGUGUCUCUAUGUCUCCUGAUCAAACCCAUCUCGUCUUCUGCGAAACCCCCUUAAGAAGAUGCAGCAAGUAUUACAUAAACGAGGAGCGUGUGGAGGUGUUUAUUCAAGACUUACCAGGUUAUCCUGAUAACAUCCGGUACGAUGGAGAUAGACAUUACUGGAUUGCAAUGCCUUCGGGAGUAACAACGUGGUGGAAGCUCUCGUUUAGAUACCCAUUCAUAAGGAAACUCCAAGGCAUAGCGGCUAAGUAUGGUUUCAACACUAUGAUUUUGGAGGAUGCUGGUGUUUUGCAGGUGGAUCUGGAUGGGAAGCCUAUCGCGUUGUACCAUGAUCCUAAACACUCUCACGUGACCAGUGGAGUCAAGAUUGGGAAAUAUCUCUACUGUGGGAGUCUUAUGGAUUCACAUAUAGUCCGACUCGAUCUCCUCAAGUAUCCUGCACAGAAGAGGCUUUGAACUCUUACGUUUACUCUAUCAUUUCACAAUGUAAACCCCAUGGUCCAUGAGACAGAUAAUGAUUUGAUCUCGAAUAUUAGUAACAUGUAACAUUGAUUCCAAAACAUACAGUUUGUAAGACAUAGUAAUACAUGUAAAAUGAUACGG